AUGUCGAGGGAUAGAAGCAACAGUAAUCCCGCAGCAGAGCUCAAGGGGUCUAAAGUGAACCAAAACACUGUUAUUAUACCGAAUGACCUUAUCUUACUAUCCUCACAUGAGCAAAUGCAGGGCCCAGAUAAAACUCAGCAAGCUGAGGCUGUGGAAAACGAGACUGGUAGUACCUCAAGAUACAUGAGAUCUAGUGUGUCGGGACCAAUAAAGACCGCUCUAGAUAAGGAUCGAAAAUUACCUCUAACUGAUGAGCCGAACUUACAAGACGCCGAAGGCACGCAUAGAAACUCUUCCGAUUCUAGAAAGAAGAAAACUUCAUGUAGGGAAUUUGGAGAUCGUUACAGCAAAAGAACAACAUCAGGACCUGAUUAUGGUCCUCCAAUACCUUUUGCGUCAAUCAAGCGGCCGACAGGUGGCCCAAUGCCCGUAAACACACUUAAGAAUAAAAGCAAAGACAACUAUUAUACAUGCAAAAAACCAAGGUUGAACAGAAACAGCAAAUCAUUUAACACUCAGGAAGACCUCAGAGGAGACUGUAUGCUGAAUAAGAGACGAAAACCUCGUGGAAAUUCCUCUCUCAUCGAUUUAGAUGCAGUAACUAGGCUGUCAAAAAAUCAAAAUCAAGAUCCUCAACUCCCAGCAUCAAACCAAUGCCUUAAUCAGAACAUUCCUGUGUCAGAGCUUUGUGAGGUCGAUGAUGUUACAAGGCAUAAGAAAAGACUGAGGAGCAAAAGCCUUCACACUGCGCUUAACCUCCAACCCUUGAAAAUACAGAAAACAAAAUCGGUCUCAGUAGAUCUUAUUCCAAUUGAAAUCAAAUCCUCUUCUAGAAAUGAUACUGACGCCAAAGAACCUGCUAUCAGUAAAGAUGAUGAGAUUGAUCUUUUUUCUACAUCCGAAUCCACUACAAAAUCAAAAAAUACGAAUGAGAAUCUUGCGGAGCGAGGUUCGAGUUUAAAUCGUGGGCUUACCAACUUGGCUACUAGCAGCUUCAAAGGGCACACGGUUUCACCCCACUUCAAUCCUAAUAAAAAUAUUAAAGUCCUAGGCAAUAAAUCUAACUCAGAAACUAUUCAUAUACCUACAAGAAGAACCAAUCUUUCUUCCAGGGAUGAUGAUGAAAUCUCCACAGAUAAAAGUGUUGAGAGAAGACUUUUAACGCGACCUUGUCAUGAUGAGAGUUUUGACGAGAUUUCAGCUACCCAUUACAGAGAGGCAAAUAAAUUCAGAAAAGCCUCCAGAAAUACCAUGGAAGGAAUGGAAAACCCUCCAAGAGACGCAGCUGAUCCAUGGGCCAGUAGAAAACUUGAUAAACAGUUUCAUAAAAAACUGAUUUCGGAUGAAGAAUGCAACACUCGUAAAGUUGCGCCGUCCCCGACACUCCUCAAAAAGUCAAUCAAGAACAGUAUGAGAGAAUCAAGAUUUCAAGUGAUACAGGUCUUCUGCGGUAGCAAGGUGUGGUUGGUUUCUACUAAGGAUGAAGAUAUGGAAUCAAAAGAAAUGUGGACGGUCAGUUUGAAUCAUGAAGAAAAAUCAUUGGCAAUUUACAAUGAGAUGAGUAAAUUUUUACCCGAUCUGGAGCUAGGAAGAGUGAACAAAAUACAGUGGUCUCUAGCGCACGGAAAAAUCUUAAUUUCCAAGCCAGCAUCACCUCAAAUCGCCAAUGGUGCUCAUAGAAUUUGUCUAGAAUUUAAAACAUCGGAUGAAUGCAAGAAAUUUUUGAGGAGACUAAGAAGAGUUGACCCUAACGUAAUAUUUAUUCACAGAGAUGGAGUGCGUCACCUUGAGAAGAUAUUCGAGCACACUCGCAAAGUAGCAGAUCUAGCAGUGUCAAAGUCUACACAAAAGGAGCCUCCUACUACAUUACACAUUGACGAAACAGAUAAUCUAAAAUCGCUCGAGACUUACCGUAAAAAAAGUGAAGAUUACUCGAGUCACAAUUCGGAUAUUAUACCAUCUCCUUCCGAUAGGUCAAGAAGCAUCGUCAAAUCUAUGACCACCCGCUGUCAAUUCGAUGAGGCUCGGAGUAAGAUUAAACUUGACUCGGAGAUUUCGCAAAAAUUUUCAUCGCAUUCAGAAAAUGAGAGCCCCAUUCAGCGUAGUGCACUUUAUAGUAGAGAACCAAGAUCUCCUGCAAAUAAAAGGAUCAUUACAAACAUCGAUGAUAUCCGUUCAAGCACUCCCGAGCCUGAGAAAUGGACCAAAGCUAAUCCGAAGUGGGUGGACCAAUGGUAUUCAAGUGUAGUUUAUCCGAAGGAAGGUAAAAAUAAAGCUACCGUUGACCAAGCAGAUAUUGAGAGAUUAGAUGAAGGUGAAUUCAUAAACGACAAUCUUAUGAUGUUUUAUCUACGAUGGCUACAGCAUCGAACUGAGCAAGAAUAUCCUGAGGUAGCUAAACGUGUCUACUUUUACAACACUUUUUUCUAUGAAAGGUUGACCAAAAACUCCAAAGGUAAAACCGGGAUUAAUUAUGAUAAUGUUGAACGAUGGACAUCAAAGAUUAAUCUGCUGGAAUAUGACUAUAUCGUCGUUCCUGUCAAUGAGAAUUUUCAUUGGUACGUCGCGAUUAUUUGUAAUGCCCCUAAACUUCUUGAUGCGCCCCAAAUCUCAGACGCUAGGCUUGAAUUUGGUAAAAAUGCGAAUAACACAUAUGAUCAGAAAUUUUCGAGCUCUUCAAUAAUACCAUCAAGCCCCAUCCAGCUCUCUACUCACAUCCCUGCGUUGGAAACCAACUUAAAGACAAAUAAUGUUUCUCUAGCCGCCCAAACUAGCGACAAUGAUGACGAGACUGAUCCAAUACUUCUCGAAUCUCCACAAACUAGGUACAUUUCGACAAGUGACUCAUACAAAAAAACAAAUGAAAAGUUGGAAAAUUCAAUAGAACAACAUCGAAGCUUUAAUCCAUCCAAACCUCGAAUAAUUACACUAGAUUCCUUUGGUCAGGCCCACUCUCUGACCUGCACAAAUCUAAAGAAAUAUUUGCUCAAAGAAAUUGAGUCAAAAUUUAACAGGAAGAUUCAAGACCCUGGCAAUCUCGGCAGAACAGCAAAAAAAAUUCCCCAGCAAGAUAAUUACUUCGAUUGCGGACUUUUCGUUCUUGGAUACAUCGAAAUUUUUCUUCGGAGCCCAGACGAGUUCAUAUCAAGCCUUUUGCAAAAUAAAUUCCCAGAGAAUAUGGAAUGGCCAAAACCUUCCGAUAUGCGUGCCAAGAUUCGGUGCUUGCUUUUGGAUCUACAAAAAGAUUAUACAGAGGAGGAAACAACCCCAAAUAAAAAGGGCUCUUCUAUAAAGUAUGUUAAGGAGAUACACGGUGAUGAUAACCAAAAUAAAGCGCUACUGAAAGAGAAUUCCAAGAAUUUAGAAGCUUCAAGUACGCCAAGUUCCUCUAAAACCAUUCAAUUAUUUAAACCAUCGCAUGAUUCUAAUGAAACCCAGAGCUCUUCCAGACUAAAAAAAUCUCCCUUUUCAAAUCGACAAAGCGUCCUAGUUAGUACGGAAAUAGAUGAAAAACGGUCUCGCAAACUUCGUGAUUCAACCGAUCAAAAACAGUCAAGUCUAGCCCUAGAAAUGAGCUCAAAAUUUAGAUAUUGUCCUGGUAAGAGGCAUCUCCGUAACCCCUUGGGAUCUCGCGAUAGUAAGUUUUUUGAAAUAUCUUUGCAAGAUAUCCCGACUAUGGAAACAAAGCCUUUACAAGGAAUAUCUCAGCCAGCUUCAGUGCUAAUGAAAGAUCAAGAUAUAAGUCUUCAAGGUCGAAUUUCUCCUCCAGUUCUAUAUAUAUCUGCUAGUCCAGAGGCUGAGGAAAAUCUUGCCAAAUUAUCAGCUAAUAAUUUAACGCAUUCAACACUAGAAAAAAGCUCUCCUAGUCCUUACCUCAAUGCCAUUGACAAAAAUCAGGCAAGUAUUCCCAGAAGAGAAAGAAUUGCCACUCGGCUCGCCAUUUCUCGCCCUGCUCCAAGAUGUGAGACUGAUAAUCGUGAUAUCUAUAUUCAAAAUGUAAACGAACUAAAUGAUAGCCAUUUACUAUGUGCCUCUGCUUCAUUAGAUACAAAUGAUUCUUUUCAAUCUUUUCAAUGUCUUUCAACUGGCGAUAAGGCUCCGGAAGCCGGACGUCUAUUUUUGUCCUCACUUAUUUCGAAGAGAUUUAGUAACCGACAAAACUAUCACCCGCCGAGUGCUAUUCCGAUAAAUAAUGACUCUGGGAGUCAUGAUAAUGAUAUCAAGGGUCCAACACUACGAUCCAGGACAUGCUCGGAAUCAUGGCAAAGAGAUGGGCUCGAAAAGGCAAUGAUUAAAAAAUCGUCAAAGCCUGCUGUGGCACAUGACAACAGACAUGCAUGUAACCAAAAAAAAGACUCGUCUGUUAUUUUAAUUGAAUAA